AUUUUUUUAUGUGAAAAUAAACGACUGAUACUGGAACAGAUCCUAUUGAAUUAGUACAUUCUACCUCUUUGGUUUAUUGUGAUUUUGACAUUUGUAAUCUUUGUAGUCUAUAAGAAUGGUUCAUUAACGAAUUAUUUCAUAUUUAUAAUAAUUUUAAAUGUGAUAUUGAUCUAUCAAAACAUUCUUUAAACUUUAUUUAUUUCAUUUUAUAAAUUUAUUAAACAAAUUUAAUCUUAACAAUCAUGUUUGGAGAAAAAAUUAGUGUUUACAACCCAGCUUCACCACCAACAAUGAUAAUCUCUCAAGUUCGCCCCAAAACCAGUAUUUUAGAUAAAUCCCUUAGCAAAAAGAGAGGUGAAGUUAGUCUAAGUUGUUAUACUCUAUUAUUCUCUGAAUUAGUGCAAUAUUGCCAGAACAAAGUGCAUACUGUUCCUGAGCUCCAAAAUAAGUUGUGUGAUCUUGGACAGGAAGUUGGUAUAAAACUAAUAGAUCUUUAUUUUGUACGCGAAAGGAAUUGCAAAAGGGAAACAAAGUUAUUACACAUGCUUCUGUUUAUUAAAACCACAUUAUGGAAGGGUUUAUUUGGCAAAGAAGCAGACAAACUCGAGCAUGCAAAUGAUGAUGAGCGUAUAUAUUACAUUAUUGAAAAAGAACCAUUAGUGAACAAAUAUAUUUCAGUCCCCAAAGACAAAGGAAGUCUUAAUUGUGCAAUGUUCAUUGCAGGUAUUGUUGAAGGGAUUCUUAAUGCUGCAGGAUUCAUGGCUAAAGUUACUGCUCACUGGCAUAAAGGAACUACAUAUAUGGUGCAGUUUGAAGAAAGUGUAAUUGUGAAAGAUAAACAACUUGAUGAGAAAUAAAAUUAAAGUGAUGGUAUGGAUUUUGUAAUAAAUUAAUGUUAAAUAGUA